CAUUAUUAGAUACUUUUUAUUUUAUUUUUAAAUUUUUGACAUAUUCUUAUUCAUUGCACGCACAAAACAGCAUCAUAUUUAACAUAAUACCAAUACUGAGGCCAAAAAUGAAGGACACUCGGGACGACGAAUCGGUGGAAAUAAAGAGCACCCCGUCGUCAGGAUACCACAAACGGCAUAGGGCCAAGACUGGGCACUAUAUCCAGCAAAAGUUUUUGGCCGGCAACUACAACGACAUCACCCGCGUUUGCGUGGUGCUCAGCACAGCUAUACCACGGCGACCGCUUAGCGAGAUCCACCAUUCUAUACUGGGGUUGGCCAUGGCGUUGAGUUUCAGCACCUUGUUCAUGUCGCUGUUCAAGCAAAUGUCGGAUGUAUUAGCGUCUGAUUUCCUCGACAGAUGCAAGUUGAGCCAGGAAGACUUUGACCGCGCUUAUCAAACGGGCGUCGCGCUGUCAUACAAGGACUGCCAAAACAAGAAUAUCAAAGGCGAUCUGCACAUGUAUCCUGUGCCAUUAGUGUCCGUAAUUUCGUCGUGCGCUAUGGGUUACUUGUCGCUGUUUAUCAGCAUCCAACUGGGGUUGCGCCUUCAUCCGCAGGUCCGCCGCCAGCUGCGAGAAAUUGCGCCCGACGAUGCGAUCAGUCGCAGCCGGCCUGGGCAGACGCUGAUAUCAUUCAUCACCCUGUUGCCGUUUGCCGCUGGCGGCGGCCACGGCUGGGGAUAUGCCGUUGGAUCGCUAACCGGAUUAGCAUUUGCCUACUGGGCCCACCUCCUAUAUUGCAGCGACAUGGCAAUUGCGGUGAUACUUCCGCCUUACUCUUGAAAUCCAAGGGAGCC